AUGGCUAGCAGUGCGGUGGUGAUGAAUGGAUUGGUGUUUGUUUUUGGAGGUUGUUGUGCCAAUGUACUCACUUUGGAAGAUUUAAUCAAAGAGAAUAAUUCAAAUGUAGGUAUAUUAGUGACAUUCACACAGUUUCUAUUUAUUACAUUGACGCUGUUACCAGGAUUUGUUUCAUUCGAAAGUGGUAUGGUUAGACUCAAACCGUUGAAUGUGCCAUUGAAAGUCUACAUCUGGUCUGUUAUUCUGUUUUAUACUAGUUCUUCGACCAAUAACAGUGUAUUUAAGUAUAAAAUAUCGAUUCCUUUGCAUAUUGUGUUUAGAUGCUUUAGUACAGUAAUUACCAUGAUUGUUAGUUGGCUGGUUAACAAGAAGAGAUAUUCACGGUUACAAGUCAUCGCUGCCUGUCUCUUAACAAUUGGGGCAAUAAUAACUUCACUCUAUCAGGAUCAUGAAUUUUCAUUAGAGCCAAUUCUCUCAUGGUGGAAAACAAGACAAGACAUUUCAAUGAAGACAAAUAGUGAAUACGAUACGACAUUUUUACUUGGUAUAUGUCUCUUAGUAAUCUCUUCAAUUUCAUCCGCACUACUCUCAGUUUACAAUGAAUGGACAUAUAAGACAUAUGGAAAACACUGGCAAGAGAAUCUCUUUUAUACACAUUUCUUGUCGUUACCAAUAUUCAUGAUUAAAGAUGGUAAUCACAUAAUGACAGGAUAUAGACAAUUGACGAGAUCUGGCUCUAAAGUCGGUCGGAGCCACGUCUUGUUGUUUUCUAAUAUAAUUACACAGAAUAUAUGUAUACGUGGUGUUAAUAUACUUGCAAGUCACACUAAUGCCUUGACGUUAUCUGUGAUUCUUACAGUACGAAAGUUCGUAAGUCUUUUACUGAGUGUUGUGAUAUACAAAAACAUACUUUCAUAUACUAGUUAUGUUGGGGUUGCAACUGUAUUUUUUGGGACAUUGUUAUACAUUUUAGGGUCUCGCCAAUCACCACAGGUGACUUCACAAACCAAGAAAAAUCAAUAA